AUGGCCGAUCCCCGCUAUAGUUCCUACAGGGAUCUGGCCAAGAACUAUGAGAGGGAACUGGAUACCCUAAUAGAGCAAGGGGUUUUCAAACCAAUUUUCCUAUAUCAUGUUGUCAUCCUCAACGUUUUACCUUUGAUAGGUCUCACCAUUCCUCGAAGCAGGGGCGGAAAUUAUGUUCGAAAGGGCCUUUUCGUGCUCUGUAUUGCAAUUACAAUCGAAAUUUUACAAAACCGACGGGCAAUCAUCGGAGGAAAUGGCUAUAUGCUUGGCCUGAUCACCGCGUGGUGGUUAGUAUGGAAUGCUACGUUAUUUGUGUUUACGGACCUUGAGCAUGAUUUCCAGCGCAUUGAACGGAAACCUGUCGAUAUUAAGUCUCAAAAUGACGCGAAGAUUGAACCCAGUACUGUCAAAAAGCCGCUCGACUCGCGCAAUCCAACAGGUACACAGCGGGGCAGCAACCUUUUUGUUUGGCAGUCAUACCCCAAAAAGUUUUGGCAUCGCCUUGAAUGGUCCGCAGGACUGCUUUUCAACCUAAGAGGGCCAGAAUGGAACUGGCGGGCUUCCCAUCUGGGUCCUCUUCCACAACCAAUUCACGACCAGUUGCAUUCAGGAUUCAUGGGCAGAAUCGAUGCACAUGAGCCCACCACCUAUCCCACCAGCAAACAUCGUCUGCAGGCUGCCUUUCGGAAGUUUUUCAUAUCUUACGUUGUGCUAGACAUCUUGAAAGUCAUAAUCCUGAUGCCAGAUCCCUACUUUCGAGGCCUUUCUCCAACAGAUUCACUGUCACCAUUUCCUUUCUUCUAUUUCACAAAUCUCACAUUGCCUACUCCCAUAGCCCAGCUCUGUCAUCGUUUAUACAGUGCCAUAAGCGUGUAUUCGGCCCUUGAAUUCGUGACAGCACUCAAUCCAAUCUUCUUCCUGGGGCUAUCUCUCGCAUUCCCCAACGGGGCUAAGAAGUUGACCGCCGCACCAUUGGAUGCUCCAUGGCUGUAUGCCGAUUCCUUCGGGCCAUUUUUCAUCCCGGUCCUUGAUGAAGGAUUGGCGGGUUGCUGGGGUCGUUGGUGGCACCAAAUUUUCCGGUAUGGUUUUGUAUGUUCAGCACGCUGGAUUUUAUCCGUGCUUCCGGCCGGCCUAGCUUCACAUCUACAAGUCCGUCGCGUUACUUACGUGAUGGUGGCUUUCUGUCUUAGCGGCUUUGUGCAUGCCUGUGGAAGCCAUACCCAGAUCGCAGAUACAUCCCCCGUGUCCGGAACAUUCCUAUUUUUCGCUUUGCAGGGUGUUGCAAUCAUGGCAGAGCAGUUUUUCAAGACAUUCGUCUUCCCAAAAUCGCCUCUUGCUGGUACACCAAGAUGGCUGAGACGAACGGCAAACUUCGUGUUUGUAUUUUGUUGGUUGAUGGCCUCAGGUGGUCUCAUUGCGGAUGACUUUGCAAAGGGUGGCUUAUGGUUGAUGGAGCCUGUCCCAAUCAGUCCACUUCGUGGAUUGGGAUUUGGGUUUCAAGGCCAAAGUUGGUGGUGCUGGAAUGAGCCCUGGUUCCGGUACUGGAGUGAUAGUACAUACUGGGGGAGUGGCAUACGGGUGCUAUAG